GCGAUGGAGGGGAUAAAGUUCCCUGAGCCACCGCAAGCCUCCGCUCGCUUGCCGGUGCUCUGAACUUUGCCUUUAAGUUUGCAUGGCUGCAUCCGCGCCAGGCUCCGGCGAGCGGAUGCUUUAGACCCCGCUUAGCAAGGCCGUGCUUCUCCCGAGACCCCCACCAAGCCAAGCCUCUGGGUGCUUUGCAAGGAGGUCGCUGGUUGGAAGAAGACUGUUCAUGACUUGUGACCAAAGCUUUGCCACCCUGCCUGGUGGACAGCAAAAGGAGACCUUCUGCUGGAGCGGGACAGCAUCCAUCUCCUGAAGCCCACGGAGGGAAGAAGGAGCCAGUCAUGGCAGCCAAUGGCUCCGGCAGGUUGCACGAUGCCUUGUUGGACAACAGCUUUGCCAGUACCGACGAACUCGUUUCUGACUGGUACAUCUACGAAACCAUGGAGCCGGCCAUGCCACAGGAUGACAUGUUUUCCAGCGGAAUCCCAGACUGCAACCCCACCGUUUCUCCCAGACUGUAUCACAUCUGCAUGGCACCAGUCUCCCUGGCUGUGCUCGUGGGCUUGUCCUUGCUGGUGAAACGCAGGCGUAUCCACUGGAGCUGCUGGAACGGCAUCCCGGGACUGCUCAGCCCAGCCAACUUUCUGGAGGAGGAAGGCAACCGAGGGCUGGUGGCUGCGGUGUUCGGCAUCCUGUUCUCCUCCCUGUGCGUGUUGGUCUUGGACAGGGACCCUCUGCCGCUCGUCGCCCACUCCUCCCAGAGCACCCGGGAGUACUGGAAGAUCCUGGCUUUGCUCUACUACCCUGCCUUCUACUACCCCCUGAUCGCCUGUGCCACGGUCCGGCACAGGGUCAGCUACCUCGUGGGCUGCCUGCUCUCCUGGUGCCAUUGUGUGGUCCACAUCUGGCAGAAGGUGGAUUGUCCCCAGUCACCGAAGAUAUACAGGUACUACUCCAUGCUCUCUUACAUCCCCAUCAUCCUCUGCCUUGUGCUCUUAAGCCUUUGGUAUCCAGCCCUGCUCAUCAGGAGCUUCACCGGGCAGGAGGAGACCUUGGAUAAGGAGGUUACCGGGCGAGGUUAUUACAAGAAGUACCUAAAGGCUGUCCUGUCCAAAAACCCUCGGAAGGGGAGCUCCACAAAGAUAGAAGAGAACCUCCUGUCAAGGGUCCAGACAUAUUUACGCUCCUACAUCUACGUUCCCGAGGAAGGUUUCCAGAUCCCGCUGAAGCUCGUCCUGUCCAUAACCAUGGCCAUGCUUGCUGUCUACCAGGUCGCUCUGCUGCUUCUGGUAGCCGUCGUCCCCACCAUCCAGAUUGUGCGGGCGGGAAUGACAAAGGACAUCGUGAUAUUGUUGGUCCAGUUUGGCUUGGUGCCCUCGGAGAGCCCGGCUGUCCCGGGUGACAUGGAGAAGGAGCUCAACACCGUCAAGUACUACCUGUGGUCACUGGAAGUCUGCUACAUCUGCUCACUGGUGCUGUGCUGCCUGCUGACCUGCGCCAUGCUCCUGAGGACGCUGGUGAUGCACAGGAACAACCUGAAGGCACUCUACCAAGGGGCUGUGCUGGAUGUUUUCUACAAAGCCCAUAUCCUACGCCCAUCCCGACAAGCCAUCGUCUGCUGGAUGAGCUUCGCCGCCUUCCAGACAGCUUUUGCCUGCCUGGGUCUCCUCAUCCAGCAAGUGAUUUUCUUCAUCUGUUCCGUGGGCUUUACCUUCCUCUUCAUCAUCCCGCUCCAGUCCGGCACAAACACGCCCCUCUUCAAAAUCAUUCAGAACAUGUGGCCCUUCUGGUUGACCCUGGUUGUUGCCAUCAUUGUGCAAAAUUUGGCGGCUCACUACCAAUUCCUGGAGCAGCAUCCCCUUCGCAAGGAGCUCACCAACAGGCGAGCUCUCUACAUAGUCACCUACCUGCUCUUCCCCAUCAAUGUCCUGGUGGGUGUCCUGGCUGGGGUGUGGAGGAUGGUCAUUUCUGGCCUUUAUAACGCUGUCCACUUCUCCCAGCUGGACAUCAGCCUGCUGAACCGCAGCGUGGAGACCUUCGACCCAGGCUACCGCACUUACUGCCACUAUCUGAAAAUCGAGGUCAGCCAGUCCCACCCGGUGAUGAAAGCUUUUUGCUUGCUGCUCCUCCAGCUAGCCAGGCCGGAGGGGCCACCGGAGCUCCGGGCCAGCAACGUGGAAGAAGGCAUCCAGCUGAUGCAGCCCAAGAAGGCACCUCCGAGCAGAGCCAGGUUCAAGCAGAGCCGAGCCCGCUGGUGGCUGGCCUACACACUCCUCAAUAACCCCUCCCUGACUGCUUGCCGGAAAACCGCUCUCUCCGACCCCACGGCCAAUGGCACCCAGCUCAGCCCCCCCAAGCCCUGACCUCCAGAGAAGCCCCCCACCUCCAUCCACCUCCCACGCACGCUCCUGUCCCAUCCCGUCCCUGUCUCCUGUUGACUCUCCUCCUGCACUGGCAGGAGUUUUGGGUACCUCUUGCCCAUCUCCAGCCUCUGGUCCCUCUUCAGCGGUGACAGGGGCUGGUUUUUAGCUCUAGGUCUAUGCUGAGCCACUACCAAGGUCCAGAGGUGAAGACAAAUGGGUUACCUUCAAACCUGCCCUGAACGGAGAGGGGUUGAUGAGCCAAGUGAAACCCUUCAGGCAUCUCAGAAACAUCUUAGGAAUCACUCCUGCGAUGAGCCCACCAGUUCUCAACAGUUGCCUUUCUGACAUGUAGCAAGGCAGGCACAAGCCCACAGCACCAGGGCAAUAACGAAAGAGGGAGAAGGUGUGUGUUUGUGUGUGUGGAGGGAUCCUCAACCAGACUGAGCAUGAGAAACUACCUGCAUCUCAGCAUGGUCUCCCUGUGGAGAAGGUCCCCACUACCAACCCCAUCCCCAGCUUCUCCCUUUCAGGUCUGAUCCUGGCUCUCCUUGGGCACUAUACCUAAACCUGGGACAUUUUUUUUUU